AUGCCCAGCAACGAAGAGAGCGUCGCGCUGCGCGCCUCGGGCCCGAGCAGCAGCUCGCUGGCGUCGCCGUCGCGCGCGCGGCUGCUGGCCUCCGCCGGCGUGGGCAGCGGCCCCGCCGCGCCCGACGAGGCCCACGCCGUGCGCCUCAACGUGCUCAACAGCAGCGUACAGGAGGCGCGCGAUGCGCGCAACUCGCGCCUCAUCAUGUGGGCCAUCUCGCUCGUGAACGUGCCGCAGAUCGCGGCGGCCGUGGCCAUCCUGGCGCUGCACUGGCAGAGCGAGACGCUGUGCUACCGCAUCCAGGUCUGGGUGCUGCUGCACACGGUGCACCUGGCACUCACGCUGCUGCUCGAGUGGACGCUCUACUACCUCAAUGGCGCGCGCAGCAACAGCGCCAUCCGCCUGCGCGAGCACUACAUGGCGCCGCUGAGCCAGCUCAAGUACGGGCUGGACCUGGCCGGUCUCUUCUGGUUCCUCGUGGGCAACAUGUGGGUCAUCAGCGACGGCGCGCGCUGCGACGACGGCUCCGCCAUGUACCAGUUGGCGCUCUGGAUGAUCGUCAUCUCGUACGCCAAGAUCUUCCUGCCGUGUCUGCUGCUGCUGGCGCUGCUGCCCGUGCUCUGCUUCUGCCUGCCCUGCGUCAUCCGACUGCUCAGCCGGUUGCAGGACCCCAUGAGGGGCAAGGGAGCCACCAAGGAGAUUAUCGACCGGUUAGAGACCAAGACGUACAGUGCCAACAUGUUCCCGCCCGAGGACGCGUGCUGCUGUAUCUGUCUGAACGACUACGAGCCGUCGCAGAGUCUGAGAGUGUUGCCGUGCGAGCACCAUUUCCACAAAGACUGCGUGGACGAGUGGCUGCUGGUGAAUUCCACGUGCCCGACAUGCCGCAAGUCCAUCUUCGACCCAGCAGGGCAACCCGAGACUGCCACUGCGACUAGCGAGGAAGACAUGCUACGGCGCGUGUGA